AUGGCAUUCAAUCCAGGUAAUAUCUCCAAGGCCGAUGCCGCCGCCUACUCAUCGGACGACUCAGACGACAUUGGUGACGACGAUCAUCUCCAACAACCUACGGGCGAUCCGCGCGUCGACGAGUUCGCCGACUUCAACCCGCGCAAGCGCCGCAGGACCGGUCGCAAUGCCAAGGAGAGCGCCGCCUUGGGAAUUUUCGGCUCCGACAGUGACGAGGGUGGCCCGGCCCGCAAGUGGAAAGGCCGGAAGAAUCUACGACACCAGAACAUGUCCUUCGUCUCGGCCGGCCAGCAGAAGAUUGGCGACGACGACGACGAAGACGACGCAGAUGACGAUGACGAGUACACAGACACGUCGAGGUUUGGUCUGGGCACAAAGUCCAAGGUGCCAUCCGCCGAGGCUCACUCAGAAGAUGAGGACGACGAAGAAGACGACGUGGGGUCCGCUGGCGUUGGGCUCGGUUUCAAACCAGCAGGCCACGGACUUGGCUGGGCACCUCCAACGCAGCCAGACUCACCAGCGAUCAAUACUAGCAACGGCGCGCAGCGCAAGCCAUUUGUGAAACCACGUUACGAUGGCAGCACCCCCCUCGGCCGGGGUUUCGUUCCGUCGUCUGCCAACGAGCCCGUUCUAAAGCCGGGCCUCGACGAUGAGCCUUCCUCGGUCCCACAAGUUCCCAAGCCCAGUGCUUUCACCUCUGGCGGUGGUGGAGGAAAAAAGCUGUCGUUUGCUCAGAAGAUGAUGGCAAAGAUGGGCUACGUCGAGGGCCAGGGUCUGGGUGCUGAAGGGCAAGGGCGGAACCUCAUCAUCGAGGCCAAUCUCCGACCACAGGGCGUUGGCCUGGGUGCCGUCAAGGAGAAGUCCAAACAGGAACGAGCGGAAGAGAAGAGACAAGCCCUUCUGCGAGGGGAGGAGGUCAUCGACUCGGAUGAGGAGGAAAAGAAGAGAAAGAAGAAGUCGCGGGACAGAAAGAAGGGGUUGGACAGCGCGAGUGCCAGCGGCGCAAGUACGCCAAAGCGACCCAAGACCAAAUACCUCACUGUCAGCGACAUCAAGAAAGCCGCGCCUGGAUUACAUAUCCCUGACGCGUUUGCGCCCAUUCUGGAUAUGACAGGCCCCGGCCAGAAAAUGCUGACGCCUGGUUCCGGCUUGAUGACCCCUACUGCCGGCCCAACAGAAGUCGUAGAGCAGACCGAGGCGCGCAAGCUGGCUGGACGCGCUCAGCGCGACCUCAAUGCCUUCGUCGAGGAGUGGAAGACACUGGAGGAGAGAAAAGCCUGGUUGGACAUGGAGAUUCACCAGCGGCAACAGGACCUCGAUGAACUGGCAGGCCAAUUCUCAAGUCUACAGGUGAUCGCGUCGAUCCUGGAAGAAGUUUCCCUGGCUGCGCGUAACACGGAAUGGGAUAGUGUCAUCUCUGGUCUCCGACGGGUAGAGGCAGCUGGAGGAAUCGAAAACGACGACCUUGCCGCCAUUGCGGUUGCUGCUAUCCAUCCCUUUCUGCGCGAUGCCACUCAGGGGUGGCAGCCACUGGAAGAUCCGAAACUGGGCAACUUCGCCGCGGACCUCGUCGAUAUCCGAGGCGUGCUGGGGCUGAAAGGGGCAGAGAAUGCCGUGGCAAAGCGCCUGGAUCUUGAUGUCGAUGGUACUUAUCGGCAUCAUCAAAAGUCCACAACUGCCUACGAAAGCAUGAUCUACAAGCUGUUGUUCCCGAAACUUAUUAAUACAAUACAGCAGUGGGACGUUUACGAUCCCGCGCCUCUCCUGGCUGUCUUCGACAAAUGGGGAAUCCUGUUCCCUGCCUUUGUCCUUUCCCAACUCAUUGAAAGAGUGAUCGGGCGGCUGAACGAUGCGAUCAGCAACUGGAAGCCCCGAAAGAAGCAGCACAAUCUUCCCCACCUCUGGCUAUUCCCCUGGCUACAGCAUCUCCCACCGUAUCACCUUGAACCUAAGGGCACGGGUAUUAUAGCGGAUGUGCGUCGCAAGUUCAGGCAGGUCAUCGACGCUUGGGAAUACGAUCGUGGUGUGGUUCCCGGUUUGAAGGAAUGGAAAAACGUAUUCCGCCCACACAAAUCCCAAGACCAGUGGAAGCCACUUGUCAUGCACCACGUUCUCCCCGGUAUGGCCAAAUAUCUGCGGUCUCAUUUCCGCGUGGAGCCGUCCGACCAAGAGCCAUAUCUUCCCACGCUUACCGGCGUACUAGAAUGGACUGACAUUGUCGCUCCGUCUAUGAUCGCCGAGGUCAUAGUUGCGGAAGUUUUCCCCUUGUGGCACGAUGUUCUGCAUCAGUGGCUCACGAGUGACGAGGCGAACUACUCAGAGGUGGAAGCGUGGUUCAAAUGGUGGAAGGAUACUGCUCUGGCCAAGCUCUCCGGUCAAACAAGCAUCCUAUCUGAAUUCGACAAAGGGACGGCCAUGGUUGAGCAGGCUCUGGACCUUGGCACCGAUACCGCCAGACUACCCAAACCUGCGCGUGGUCCGGCGCAUCAGCUUGCCAAGCCACGCCCUCAGAAACCAGCGCAGAUUCCGGCACCUGCCGUUCAAACAGCGCCCCUUCCUGAACCGCUGCCCAAGACGUUUCGCCAAGAAAUCGAGGACUGGUGCAACGAGAACGACCUGCGCUUCAUUCCCACACCCAAGUCUACGGAUCGUGGCGAGAAGUACUUCCGAAUCACAGCCCGGAUGGACGGAAAAGGUGGCGUGCUUACAUUCUUUCGCAAAGGCGAGGAUGUGUUGGUCACGGAAAGCCGCAAGGUGGAUCUUCGCCUAGAGCGUGAAAAGCCGGAACAUUGGGGUAUCCUGCUGACCAUUUUGUAUCAAGAGGUCGAGUAG